AAAAAAACCAAAUAUAUGUUUUAAGUUGUAAACAAAAAUAUCCAUCUACUCGUUUGCCGAUCAUUGAGAUUUGUAGUCUUUAACUGUGAUGGUGACGCCUGGUUAGAUGUAAUCAUGAAGAAGAACAUGAAAUUGAAGACACCACAUCAGAUUGUUAUUAGAUGUAAGUUUUGUGACAUUCAAUAUGUUCAUUUCUUAAAAAGAAAUAUUUCUUAUUUGUGUCGAUUUUUCAAUAUGUAUUAAAGUCAUGGUACUAAAAGGUGGCAUGAGAAAAGAGAUGUUUGGUAUAAAAGAAAGAGAAUAUAGAGAAACAAAAUCAUCUAUCAAAAGGAAUAUAAAAUAUUUGGAGUAUCAUAGACUUCUUUGAUAUCGAAGAUGUUCACUGUGGUUCUGUGUUGUAGAGAAAACAUGUCCAUCAAAAAUUUCGUACAUACAGGACUAUCUGUCGAUUCGAGUGUUACAGGGAGAAUUGCAUAGUGUAAGCGUUGUUCGUGAAGUUGUUUAUCAAAUAUUGCGUAUGUUGUACAUAGUUGAUCCUCAUAUAUAUUAAAAAUAUAAAUAAUAUGACAAGAAAUUCCCUAAGAUAAUACUAAAAAAGUUUAUUACAAAUAUAUUACACAAGGAUCAAAAUAACAAAUAGUUUUCAUUAAAAAGGUAAAAAACACAUGUAUCGAUAGGGUUAACUAAUAUUUAUAGUUUAGAUUUGAGUAGUAGAAUUUUGGGUAGAAUUUAGGAUUUUUAAAAAUAGUAUUUAAAAUUUAAAAUACUAAUUUAAAAAUAGUUUCAAAAAUAAUUUUUAAAUUUCAAAAUACAAUUUUGAAAAGGAAACGACAAAAAAUUGAAAAAAAAAAUUCAAACUGAAAGAAGUUUCUCGGAAAUAUUUUUUAUAUUAUAAAUAUAUCAACCAUCCUCUAUCUAAUUGUUGAUUAUCUUUUGGAUAACCUAAAUUAUUUGUAAUCGUUGAGCACCAACUUUACUAACAAGAGAUUUUUAGAGUCAUUGAUUGUGAUGGUGGCACCUAGGUGUGAUUUGGAUAUAUUGAAGUAUGCAGGGACAUCAUAAUCAUCAGGAAUAUCAUAAUCAUCAAGAAGAACAUGAAAUUGAAGACUCUGCAUCAGAUUGUUGCUAGAUGCAAGUUUUGUGACAUUUAAUAUGUUCAAAUAUAAAAAAUCAUAUUUGUGUCAAUUGUUUCAGCAUGUGUUGAAGUCAUGGUGCUGAAGGCGGCUGGGAUAAAAGAGAUGUUUGGUAUGAAAGAAAUAGAAUAGAGAGAAACAAAAUAAUCUAUCAAAAAGAACAAAAAUAUUUGGAGUAUCAUAGAAUACUUUGAUAUUGAAGAUGUUUGUUGCAGUCUUGUGAUGCGAAGUGAGUUGAUACACUAAAAGUGUGUCUUUUAUACUGCAAGCAAACAGUGUUGUUGUAAUAUUUGAUAUUCAAUUCCAGAAUACCAGUUUACACUUUAUCUUUAUGAGUUCAAUAUCAGCUAAAAAAAUGUGGAAGUUUUAAGAUUUGUGUAUUGUGAUAAGUAAGUAACAAAAUUAAUCAAAGAUUUCAGAUGAUUCGUCGUUUUAUGGUGGGCAUGGGAUUGUUGGUGCUCAGGUUCCGUUAGGGUGUGGGAUUGCUUUCGCGCAGAAGUAUGCUAAGGAGGAGGCUGUGACGUUCGCUAUGUAUGGUGAUGGUGCUGCGAAUCAGGGGCAGCUUUUCGAAUAUAUCUGUCUUUGGGAUUUGCCUUCCAUUCUUGUCUGCGAGAACAAUCACUGUGUAUAAGAGCAAUAUUAUUGGGGGUUUCUUGCUCUUAGGUUCUUAAAGUACAUAUUUGUGUAUGUAUAUAUUAUAUAUGCGUAUGUAAUUGCGGGGUUCUAAGAUUUACGGAAAACUCAAUAAUAUUAACGUUUUCAUUCUUCUUUCUUUGUUUUUUUUUUUUUAAUUUCCUUUUGGAUUUCUUAUUGAUGUGGUUUGUGCAGAUGGGAUGGGAACUGCUGAUUGGAGAGCUGCCAAGAGCCCAUCUUACUAUAAACGUGGUGAUUACGUUCCUGGUUUGAAGGUAGAUGGUAUGGAUGCAUUUGCUGUCAAACAAGCGUGCAAAUUGGCUAAGGAGCAUGCCUUGAAGAAUGGACCGAUAAUUCUUGAAAUGGACACGUACAGGUACCAUGGUCACUCCAUGUCUGACCCUGUGGGAGCACAUACCUUUACAAGAGAUGAUAUAUCUGGUGUGAGACAGGAACGAGAUCCAAUUGAGAGAAUAAAGAAGCUGGUACUAUCUCAUGACCUAGCAACCGAGAAGGAGCUUAAGGAUUUUUUUAUAAACCUCAAUAUUGAUAUGGAGAAGGAAAUUAGAAAAGAAAUAGAUGACGCCAUUGCCAAAGCUAAGGAUUGCCCAAUGCCAGAGCCUUCUGAGCUUUUCACCAAUGUGUACGUGAAGGGAUUUGGCACCGAGUCAUUUGGAGCUGACAGAAAAGAAGUCAAAGCCGCGCUUCCAUGAAGGUAUUGUUCGUUAAACUGCCAUGUGGCAUGACCAAGUUCUUUGAUAGGAAGCCAUGAAAUAAAGAGGCUUUUGGGCAGACUGUUGUGUGCUCUGUUCAAGGUCGUUAAGACAAACAUAUGAUUUUUGUGAAGCUUUUGUGUUCAUAUCUAAGUUUACUUCUGCUUGUUUUCUGUUCUUCUGAAUCGUUCCAUCUCAGGAUUCAUAUUCAAGCAAUUGGCUUUGAUCUUCUUAUUGUUGCACUCCAGUAGUAGAGUUUGUUUCUUUUUAAAAAAUAUGACAAGGAAAUACAAAGAGCAAUGGUCACUUCUGU